AGAACCCUUCCAUAAUCUCACACACACACACACACACCUCGUUCUUCCUCAAGACACACAGUCACACUCUACACAUCGCCAACAAACGCGCCACACGCCAGGACGCCAACACCAGCUUAAUUUUGCCUAUCCAAACCAAACGUACGCGCGCCGUAAGCUAGCUAGAGCGCGCACCAUGGACAUCUCGAGCGGCGCCGCGCACAACGCCACGACGGCGGCGCCGGGGUUUCUCGGCACCGGCGGCCUCGCGGGGAUGCUCCCGGAGGUGCAGACGGUGGAGAUCCUGGUGGCCAUUUCCAUCUUCGUGAUCAUCCACUCGCUCCGGCAGCGGCGGUCGCUGGGGCUCCCGUGCUGGCCCGUGGUGGGCAUGCUCCCGUCGCUGCUCCUGGGCGUCCGUGGCGACAUGUACGAGUGGAUCACGGGCGUCCUCAACGCCCGCGCGGGCACCUUCACCUUCAAGGGCCCUUGGUUCACCAACCUCCACUGCGUCGUCACCUCCGACCCGCGCAACCUCGAGCACCUCCUCAAGACCAAAUUCGGGAGCUUCCCCAAGGGCCCCUACUUCCGGGACAACGUCCGGGACCUCCUGGGCGACGGCAUCUUCGGCGCGGACGACGACACGUGGCGCCGGCAGCGGAAGGCGGCCAGCCUCGAGUUCCACUCGGCAGAGUUCCGGGCGCUCACGGCCAGCUCGCUUGUGGAGCUCGUCCACGGGCGGCUCCUCCCCGUGCUGGCGGAAACCGAAGCCUCCGGGGAAGCCGUCGACCUCCAGGACGUGCUGCUCCGGCUCACGUUCGACAACGUGUGCAUGAUCGCCUUCGGGGUCGACCCCGGGUGCCUGCAGAAGGGGCUUCCGGAGAUCCCCUUCGCCCGGGCCUUCGAGGACGCCACGGAGGCCACCAUCGUGCGCUUCGUCACGCCCACCACGGUGUGGCGCGCCAUGCGCGCGCUGGGCGUGGGACACGAGCGCGUGCUCAGGAAGUCCCUCGCGGGCGUCGACGAGUUCGCCUACGACGUCAUCAGGAAGCGCAGGGAGGAGCUCGCCACCGCCGAGGCCGACGCCGAUGACAAGUCGUUGACCGCGAGGUCGGACCUGCUCACGGUGUUCACCAAGAUGCGUGACCCGGAUCACGGCGGCGUGGCCUACUCGGACAAGUUUUUACGCGACAUCUGCGUCAACUUCAUCCUGGCCGGGCGGGACACGUCGUCCGUGGCGCUGGCGUGGUUCUUCUGGCUGCUCGGGAAGAACCCCGCCGUGGAGGGCAAGAUCCUGGAGGAGAUCGAGCGCAUCGUGGCGGCGCGAAGCGAUGGAAGGGGCGAAGAGAAGGAGGAGGAGGAGCUCGUGUUCCAGCCGGAGGAGGUGAAGCGGAUGGAGUACCUCCACGCCGCGCUCUCCGAGGCGCUCCGGCUCUACCCGUCCGUCCCCGUCGACCACAAGGAGGUUGUGGAGGACGAGGUGUUCCCAGACGGCACGGUGCUGAAGAAGGGCACCAAAGUGAUCUACGCAAUGUACUCCAUGGGGAGGAUGGAGAGCAUCUGGGGGGAGGACUGCAGGGACUACAGGCCGGAGCGGUGGCUCAGGGACGGCCGGUUCAUGGGCGAGUCUGCCUACAAGUUCACCGCCUUCAACGGCGGCCCGCGCCUGUGCCUCGGCAAGGACUUCGCCUACUACCAAAUGAAGUUUGCCGCCGCCUCCAUCCUCCGCCGCUACCGCGUCAACGUCGUCGAGGGUCACCCGGUGGUGCCCAAGAUGGCGCUCACGCUCUACAUGAAGCAUGGGCUCAAGGUGAUGCUGGCCAAGAGGGACAAGGCCAAUUAGCUCUGGAUCAUGUCUUGCGGCGGCUGUGCGCUCUGUUGAUACUUCGUGAAAGAAAAGCUGGGGCUGUGUGGAAAAGCUUCCCUCUAUUUUUUUCCUUCUUGCUUUACACUUUUAUUAUAUUGCUAUGUCUUCUGAUUUGUUUCGUUUUGUAAUGGUAGCUCAAAGUAUAGUAUAGCCAAGAAUAUCUGUAUGUGUACCUGUGAUGGUGAAGCGAUGCAGCUUCAGGUGGUGUUACUGGUGGAAUGUUGGCAUUAUAUUAUUGGCACUAAUACAAAAAACAGCUGCAAGAUGUGAUGGCAUCUGUUUGAAUAAA